AUGCCGAGGAGCCGGGGCGGCCGCGCAGCGCCGGGGCCACCUCCGCCGCCGCCGGGCCGGGCCCCGCGCUGGAGCCACUGGCGGGGCCCCGGGCGGCUGCUGCUGCUGCUGCUGCUGCCCGCGCUCUGCUGCCUCCGGGCGGCGGUGGCGGCGGCGCGGGCGGCCGAGGCGGAGGCGUCCUUCGCCGGGCAGAACUGGUUAAAGUCAUAUGGCUAUCUGCUUCCCUAUGACUCACGGGCAUCUGCGUUGCACUCAGGGAAGGCCUUACAGUCAGCAGUCUCCACUAUGCAGCAGUUUUACGGGAUCCCAGUCACCGGUGUGUUGGAUCAGACAACGAUCGAGUGGAUGAAGAAACCCCGAUGUGGUGUCCCUGAUCACCCACACUUGAGCCGAAGGCGGAGAAAUAAGCGCUAUGCCCUGACUGGACAGAAGUGGAGGCAGAAACACAUCACCUACAGCAUUCACAACUAUACCCCAAAGGUGGGUGAACUAGACACACGGAAAGCUAUUCGUCAGGCUUUUGAUGUGUGGCAGAAGGUGACCCCACUGACCUUUGAAGAGGUGCCAUACCAUGAGAUCAAAAGUGACCGGAAGGAGGCAGACAUCAUGAUCUUCUUUGCUUCUGGCUUCCAUGGUGACAGCUCUCCAUUUGAUGGGGAAGGGGGAUUCCUAGCCCACGCUUACUUCCCUGGCCCAGGGAUUGGAGGAGAUACUCACUUUGACUCAGAUGAGCCAUGGACCCUAGGAAAUGCCAACCAUGAUGGGAAUGACCUCUUCUUGGUGGCUGUACACGAGCUGGGCCAUGCACUGGGACUUGAGCACUCCAACGACCCUAGUGCCAUCAUGGCCCCCUUCUACCAGUACAUGGAGACGCACAACUUCAAGCUGCCCCAGGAUGAUCUCCAGGGCAUUCAGAAGAUCUAUGGACCCCCAGCUGAGCCUCUGGAGCCCACAAGACCUCUCCCCACACUCCCAGUCCGCAGGAUCCAUUCACCAUCUGAGAGGAAGCAUGAGCGCCAGCCCAGGCCCCCUCAGCCACCCCUUGGGGACCGGCCAUCCACUCCAGGCGCUAAACCCAACAUCUGCGACGGCAACUUCAACACGGUGGCCCUCUUCCGGGGCGAGAUGUUUGUGUUUAAGGAUCGAUGGUUCUGGCGUCUGCGCAACAACAGGGUGCAGGAGGGCUACCCCAUGCAGAUAGAGCAGUUCUGGAAGGGCCUACCUGCCCGCAUAGAUGCUGCCUAUGAAAGGGCUGAUGGGAGAUUUGUCUUCUUCAAAGGUGACAAGUACUGGGUGUUUAAAGAGGUGACAGUGGAACCUGGGUACCCCCACAGCCUGGGGGAACUAGGCAGCUGCCUGCCCCGUGAAGGCAUUGACACGGCUCUGCGCUGGGAACGUGGCAAGACUUACUUUUUCAAAGGCGAGCGGUACUGGCGCUACAGUGAGGAGCGGAAGGCCACAGACCCUGGAUACCCCAAGCCCAUCACUGUGUGGAAAGGCAUCCCACAGGCUCCCCAAGGGGCCUUCAUCAGCAAGGAAGGAUAUUACACCUACUUCUACAAGGGUCGGGACUACUGGAAGUUUGACAACCAGAAACUGAGUGUGGAGCCAGGCUACCCACGUAACAUCCUGCGUGACUGGAUGGGCUGCAACCAGAAGGAGGUGGAACGGCGCAAGGAGCGGCGGCUGCCUCAGGAUGAUGUGGAUAUCAUGGUGACCAUCAAUGAUGUGCCGGGCUCCGUGAAUGCUGUGGCAGUGGUCAUCCCCUGCAUCCUGUCUCUCUGCAUCCUGGUGCUGGUCUACACCAUCUUCCAGUUCAAGAACAAGGCAGGCCCUCAACCUGUCACCUACUAUAAGCGGCCAGUCCAGGAGUGGGUGUGA